AUGUCUCUGCUUCGCUCGGCGGUCUCUGCCCCGGGGCAGGCUGAUCACCAGUUGGCUGCCACGCGAUCGACCCUCGUCCAGCUGCUGGGACACAUCGACUCGCGGCGCACGGCCGAGCAGUAUCUCUCCCACUUCACCGCGACCACCACUGCGAUCCAACCGUUUGCGGUCAUCAAGGUCGGCGGCGCCAUCAUCCGCGACCACCUGCCGACGCUGGCCUCCGCGCUGGCCUUCUUCAGCCGUGUGGGCCUCUAUCCGGUUAUCGUCCACGGCGCCGGGCCCCAGUUGAACCAGAUCCUCGAGCACGCCGGGGUGGAGCCGCGUUUCGCAGAUGGCAUCCGGGUGACCGACGGCAAGACCCUGGCGCUGGCCCGCCAGCUCUUCCUGGAGGAGAACCACCGGCUGGUGCAGGCCCUGGAGGCGCUGGGCGUGUCGGCUCGGCCCCUGACCGCGGGGGUGUUCCAGGCCGACUACCUGGACCGGACGAAGUAUAACCUGGUCGGGAGAAUCAACACCGUCGAGAAGUCCCCCAUCCUGUCGGCCCUCCGCGCGGCCUGCCUGCCCAUCCUCACCUCGAUGGCCGAGACCGCCGACGGGCAGGUGCUCAGCGUCAAUGCCGAUCUGGCGGCGAGUGCCCUCGCCCGGGCGCUGCAGCCGACGAAGGUGGUCUACCUGGCCGAGACGGGCGGGCUCUUCCAUGACCAGACGGGCACGAGGAUCGCGCGGAUCAACCUGAGCGAGGAGUAUGACCACCUCAUGUCCCAGCCCUGGCUGCGACACGGGACACGACUGAAGGUCCGGGCCGCCCAGGAGCUGCUCAGCGAUCUGCCCAGCACCUCCAGCGUCUCCAUCGUCCACCCGAUGGACCUGCAGCGAGAGAUCCUCGCCGCCUCCGGGGCUGGCACCGUCAUCGAACGGGGCACGAGGAUCUCCAGCAUCACCUCCGCGGAAUGCACGAACCUGGCCAAGCUGGAGCAGGUGGUGCGCCGGCAGCAAGGCCCGGAUGCGAGCUUUUGCGUCCAGGAGAUGCGAACGCGGCCGUUCAGGGUGUACUACGACGACCCGUCCCUGGAGUCGCUGGCGAUGGUGUCGUUCUCGACCCAUGGGCUGCCUCAGCUGCUCACCUUCCCCAGUCUCACGGCCCGUGCGGCCGCGGAGGACAUGUUCCUGCGCAUCACCAAGGAUUUCCCCCGGCUGAUGUGGACGGUGCCGGAGACUGACCCCCGGCUGGACUGGCUCUCCACGCGCGCCACCGGCCGGUUCUACCAUAACGGCUGGGUGCUGCUCUGGUAUGGUCUCCGCCAGCAGGAGGCCCGGCAGCUGAUCCUGAACCUCCACGAUGUCGAAGGCUCUGAUCUCGAGCUGGGUGGGGGGGGGACUUAUCGGCACGCCUCCCAAGGGCAAUAAUGCCCGUGUGAAGCUGUAUUGAGCUGUAUUGGAAGUAG